GCCGGUGCUGGUUGAUCGGAGGCACAGUGUGUUGCUGCCGGCUGGUAACUGACAGGCGAACAUGUCCUCGGACCCGUGUUCUUUCUCCUCCUUCACAAGGUGCGUCACCAGGCACCUGAACGUCUCCUUCCAUGUGGACUUCGUAAGACACGUGAUCCGGGGGACGGUGGCCCUCACCGUGGAGGCGCUGGAGGACCGCUUCUCCGCUCUGACUUUGGACACCAGAGACCUGAAAAUUGUCUCUGUGAAUGCUAAUGGCCAGACUGCCCAGUUUAACAUGGGAGCCAAACACAGCUUUAAAGGGACCCCGCUGGAGGUCACACUGCCCUUCGACCUCUCCAGGGGACAACACUUCAUUCUGGAGGUGACGUAUGAGACAUCACCGGGCGCAUCAGCGCUGCAGUGGCUCACCCCUGAGCAGACGGCUGGAAAGAAACACCCAUACCUGUUCAGUCAAUGCCAGGCUCAUCACUGCCGGAGCAUGAUCCCCUGUCAGGACAGUCCAUCUGUCAAGCACACCUACUAUGCUCAGGUGUCUGUCCCUAAAGACCUGGUGGCCGUGAUGAGCGCAGCCCGUGAUGGUCAAGAGGUCGACCCACAAGACCCCAGCCGCAUCAUCUAUCGUUUCAGACAGACGGUUCCAAUGCCGUCGUACCUGAUCGCCAUCGUGGUGGGAGACCUGGAGAGCAGGGAGAUCGGGCCGAGGUCUAGAGUUUGGUCAGAAAAGGAAUAUGUGGAUAAGGCAGCGUUUGAGUUCUCUGAGACAGAGACUAUGUUGAAGACUGCUGAGGAUCUGGCUGGACCCUACGUCUGGGGUCACUAUGACAUCCUGGUGCUGCCGCCAUCUUUCCCCUACGGAGGGAUGGAGAACCCCUGCCUGACCUUUGCCACGCCCACUCUGCUGGCUGGAGACAAGUCUCUGUCCAAUGUCAUCGCUCAUGAGAUCUCUCACAGUUGGACUGGGAAUCUGGUCACUAACAAAACCUGGGAGCACUUCUGGUUGAACGAGGGUCACACAGUUUACCUGGAGCGAAUGAUCGGCAGGCGUAUGGAAGGAGAACAGUUCCGGCAGUUUGAAGCCAUCGGGGGCUGGAAGAUGCUGCAAGACUCAGUCAACACGUUUGGUGCCAACAGUCCUCUGACCAACCUGGUGCCGAACCUGAAUGAAGUGGACCCGGAUGACGCCUUCUCCUCUGUCCCUUAUGAGAAAGGCUUUGCUCUCCUCUACCACCUGGAGGAGCUGAUGGGGGGUCCAGAGGUCUUCAUGGGGUUUGUUAAGUCCUACAUCCAGAUGUUUGCCUACAGCAGCGUGACCACUGAAGAGUGGAAGAAUUACCUCUUCACCUACUUCAAAGACAAGGUUGACAUCCUGAAGAAGGUGGACUGGAACGCCUGGAUGUUCACUCCUGGAAUGCCUCCAGUCAAGCCUGUGUACGACACCACAAUGGCAGAAGCUUGCAUUGCACUCAGUCAGAAAUGGCUCAAGGCGAAUGAGACAGAGCUGGACAGUUUCAGCAAGUCAGACUUCAAGUCUCUGUCGUCGCACCAGGCCAUUGAGUUCCUGUCUCUACUGGUGCAGGAGGAUCCUCUUCCAUUGAGUCACGUGAAGAAGAUGCAGGAGGUUUAUGACCUGAACUCCUAUAUGAACUCAGAGAUUCGCUUCAGGUGGCUCCGUCUCUGUGUGCGAUCCAAAUGGGAGGAGGCUGUUCCACUGGCGCUGAAAAUGGCGACCGAUCAGGGAAGGAUGAAGUUCACCAGACCCCUCUUUAGAGAGGUCUUCAACUUUGACAAGUUCAAGGAUGAAGCAGUCAGGACGUUUGUGGCUCACCGGCCGGCGAUGCACCCAGUCACAGCAGGACUGGUGGCCAAGGACCUGAAGGUGGACGUCCAACAGUCCACUAGUCUGUAGAGCAGAAGGCUUGUAACGCUCAACACACUUCAAUCACAGCUCAAGUUAUCUCAGGACCGGCACGCUAACAAACAUGAUUUUAUAAAGUAAUAAAAUCUUAAACUAAACCUUG